AUGACUUGUCCUUCCUCGAGAGUGCAAAACGCGUUCCAGCCACACUCCGACGCACCCCACAGAGCAGCCACCAGCCACACUCCAGCGCGCCCCACAGAGCAGCCACCAGCCACACUCCAGCGCGUCCCACAGCAGCCACCAGCCACACUCCAGCAGGCCCCACAGAGCAGCCACCAGCCACACUCCAGCGCGUCCCACAGAGCAGCCACCAGCCACACUCCAGCGCGUCCCACAGAGCAGCCACCAGCCACACUCCAGCGCGUCCCACACAGCAGCCACCAGCACACUCCAGCGCGUCCCAGCAGCCACCAGCACAUUCCAGCGCGUCCCAGAGCAGCCACCAGCACACUCCAGCGCGUCCCACAGAGCAACCACCAGCCACACUCCAGCAGCCCCACAGAGCAGCCACCAGCACACUCCAGCGCGUCCCACAGGCAGCCACCAGCCACACUCCAGCGCGUCCUGCAGCACAGCAGCCACCAGCAAGCAGCAACCACCAGCCACACUCCAGCGCGUCCUGAGCAGCCACCAGCCACACUCCAGCGCGCCCCACAGAGCAGCCACCAGCCACACUCCAGCGCGUCCCUGAGCAACCACCAGCACACUCCAGCGUGUCCCAGCAGCCACCAGCCACCCACCCAGCGCGCCACAGAGCAGCCAAGCCACCAGCCACCAGCCACACUCCAGCGCGCCCACAGAGCAGCCACCAGCCACACUCCAGCGCGUCCCACAGAGCACAGCCACCAGCCCCACAGAGCAGCCACCAGCCACACUCCAGCGCGUCCCAACCACCAGCACACUCCAGCGCGCCCCACAGAGCAACCACCAGCCACACUCCAGCGCGUCCAGAGCAGCCACCAGCCACACUCCAGCAGGCCCCAGGCAGCCACCAGCCACACUCCAGCGCGUCCAGCAGCCACCAGCACACUCCAGCGCGCCCCACAGAGCAACCACCAGCACAAUCAGCGCGUCCUGAGCAGCCACCAGCACACCAGCAGCCCACAGAGCAGCCACCAGCCACACUCCAGCGCGUCCCACAGAGCAGCCACCAGCCACACUCCAGCACCCCACAGAGCAGCCACCAGCCACACUCCAGCGCGUCCCUGGGCAGCCAACAGCCACACUCCAGCGCGCCCCACAGAACAGCCACCAGCCACACUCCGACGCACCCCACAGAGCAGCCACCAGCCACACUCCGGCGCGGCAACCACCAGCCACACUCCGGCGCGUCCCAGAGCAGUCACCAGCCACACUCCAGUGAGCCCCACAGAGCAGCCACCAGCCACACUCCAGCGCGCCCCACAGCCACCAGCCACACUCCAGCGCGCCCCACAGAGCAGCCACCAGCCACUCCAGCGCGCCCCACAGCAGCCACCAGCCACUUCAGCGCACAGAACAGCCACCAGCCACACUCCGGCGCGUCCCACAGAGCAGCCACCAGCCAGCAGCCACCAGCCACCACUCCGGCGCGUCCCACUCCGGCGCGUCCCACUGAGCAGCCACCAGCCACACCCCGGCGCGUCCCACAGAGCAGCCACCAGCCACACUCCAGCGGGCCCCACAGAGCAGUCACCAGCCACACUCCAGCGCGCCCCACAGAGCAGCCACAAUAUAUUCUUAAAAUAA